GGGCCGCGGGGAGCUGGGCUGGGGCGCUCUCAUGGCCAAGGCCAGCCCGAGUCAAGACCCCCAGACCGUCGCCGCCUUCACCGUGCUAAAGCGGGCACUGGAGCUGGAUGGGGAGUCCCGGUACCAGCAGGCUCUGGUUUGUUACCAGGAGGGAAUUGAUCUGCUCCUGCAAAUUCAGAAAGGCACCAAAGAUGACAAUAAGAAAGGUAAACUCAGAGAAGCCAUUUCUCGCCACUUGGAUAGAGCAGAAAAGAUAAAGAAAUACUUGGAUCAAGAAAAAGAAGAUGGAAAAUAUCACAAGCAAAUUAGAAUAGAAGAGAAUGCAACGGGUUUUAGUUAUGAGUCACUUUUUAAAGAAUACCUUCAUGAGACAGUUACAGAAGUUUGGGUGGAAGAUCCGUAUAUUAGACAAGAGCAUCAGCUGUAUAACUUCCUUCGAUUUUGUGAGAUGCUUAUUAAGAAGCCGUGUAAUGUAAAGACUAUUCACCUUCUCACCUCUGUGGAUAAAGGGUUUGCGAACGUGCAGCAAAGCAGUGGCUUGGAAGAAAUAAAAGCGUCCCUGAGAAGUCAUGGAGUGUUAUUGGAAAUAAAUUACUCUUCUUCAAUUCAUGAUCGAGAAAUCAGGUUCAACAAUGGAUGGAUGAUUAAAAUUGGAAGAGGACUUGAUUAUUUUAAGAGACCACAGGGUCGUUUUUCCCUUGGAUAUUGUGAUUAUGAUUUAAGACCGUGUCAUGAAACAACAGUAGACAUUUUUCAUAAUAGCCACACAAAAAAAUUAUAAUGGGCAGUAGCCAAUUCAUUUUAUACAUUUCUGCUUGGAGUGACUUCAGUCUACUUUCUGUUGUUCUAACUGAAUAUUACAAUUGGGUAAUUUAUAAAGAAGAGAUUUAACCCUUGGCAUCUGGUAAGGAUUUUUUGCAUCCUGACUUGGCAGAGGGCAUCAUGCAAUAAGACAGGGCAAGCUUUUAUUAACACAGCCCGUGAGACUGAUCUAGUCACCUCUCAGAAGUCUUACCUCAACACUACUGUACUGAGGACCAAGUUUCUAAUGUGAACUUUUGGGGACACCUUCAAUCCACAGUGUGAAUAUUAGAUUUUUUACUUUAAACAUAUUUGUGCUAGGUAUGAUUUUUUAAAGAAUGAAUUUAACAAUAAAUGUCUACAUUUCUACCA